GAAAGCAACAGAUGAAACUUUGCUAGCUCUGAUAAAAGUCAUGUGAAGAAAGAAGGAGGGAAAAAACAAAACCAUCUUCAGCGACUGCCAAGAAUUUCAGCUGCUGUUAAAGGCACAGCAAAAGCAAAAGAGACACUAUACGGAGUAGAAGCCAGCCAGCUCUGGGUGUAACGCAGAGGAGUUUGUGAAAUCCUGUGGUUUUUUUUCAAAGGGAUAUAUUUAUUUAUUUUUCGGCUGGAUUUCGGCGUUUGCUGGUAAAAUGGCCCGUGUGGACAGGUGGAUCAGCACAGAGAAAGCAGGCGCAGGGACAUAGAGAAGCAGUUCCAGGAAGACGCUGCCAUCUUCAUCACUCAAGUUCUUCAUCAUGGAAGUUCUUCUGAGCUUAUUUUCCAUUUCUCUACUUCUUUCUCCUGGUGCCCCCCUGGAGUGUGAAGUAUGUUUUAGCACGGGAAAUAGUUGUCUAACUGGGAAAGAGAUGUGUGAAUCGGAUGAGGACAUCUGCCUCAUGGAAUUGACAGAAAUCUCCCAAGGAGGAAAAAACAUGUCAACUAUAGCAAAGGGCUGCUACUUCUCAGAGAACUGCACCUCUGGAUCUGUUUUGGUGACCUUGGGACAAGGAGAAUUCUUCAGGAAAAGCACCCUCUGUUGUUCAGGAGAAGACUGCAGAGAAGAUUCUCUUCUAUGGCCACCAAUAAAUAAGAUAGCCAAUGGGAAAUACUGCCCAGCCUGCUAUUCUGAAUUUGAGCCAUGUCCUGUGAAGAUGGUCAAGUGCACUGGACAUGAAGAUUACUGCCUGGAUUUGCUCGGACAAACAUAUUCUGAAAACAACAUCACUCUGAAAGGUUGCAUAACGGAGUCCGUCUGCGAAUUUUUAUACUCUGGAUUAGUGAACUUGUUUGAUACCGAUACUGUCAAUUGCUGGCCGGCCAACCAGGUGUCCCGGCUGACAGGAUGUCUCUUCCUCUCUCUCGCUGCACACCUGCUGAUGAAGGUCCUCUUGUGAUGCCCCUCUUGGAAGUAGCAGCCAUUAAAGGUUCUUUGAUUCGCCUUCUCAGAAGGAAGAACAUAGACCAUGGAAGUGGCAUUUCACCAAGACAGAUGGUUGAGUCCACUCGUUCCGUUUUCUCACUUACUGACCAGCCCAAAGUCUCCAGAGGAAAUCCUGGGACUUUGAAUUUGGACCUUCUUUUUAACCAACGAGGAACAGCCUUGCUAAGUCAUGAAACAAAAUUUCUCCUGGAAAAUGCCUGCAGUGAAUGGACAUGUGGAAGGUAGAGUGGCCAUCCACGGCCAUCAAGAAGAGCCGCGGUGGCGCAGUGCUUAGAGUGCAGUACUGCAGCCUAGUUCUGCUGAUCAACGGCUGCCUGCAGU